AUGGUGCUCGAGGCGACGAUGAUUGUGGUGGACAAUAGCGAGGCCAGUCGGAAUGGUGAUUACCCGCCAAACCGAUUCGCAGCACAAUCCGAGGCCACGCAACUCAUCUUCAACGCAAAGACAGGGUCGAACCCCGAAUCCGCAGUUGGACUCAUGACCAUGGCCGGAACUGGUCCCACCGUCCUGAACACUCCCACCACAAAUUUUGGCGCGAUUCUAGGAGGUCUACACGAGACCAAGAUCAAGGGACACAUCAGACUAGGCACCGCGAUCAGCGUUGCGAUGCUAGCACUCAAACACAGAGCGAACAAAAGUCAACGGCAACGGAUUGUUGUCCUGAUCUGUAGCGAAUUGGACCCGAAGUUUGGAGACAAGAACGACACAGAGAAGGAACUGGUCAAACUGGCUAAGAAGUGCAAAAAGAACAACGUCUCGGUCGACUUCGUGGCAUUUGGCGAUGCGGUCGAGUCUUCUACAAAAGCAGUACUGGAGAAGUUCGUGGAAGCCGUGGGUGGUUCUUCAGGCGAGGGUAACUACCUUGCCGUUAUUCCUCCCGGCCCUGGUCUGCUCGGCGACAGCCUCAUCACGACGCCUAUUGUCAACGUGGGUGGAGAUGCAGGUCCCAGCGGAGGUGGCAUGGAAGGAGUCGAGACCGGCGGGGGUAGCGGUGGAGGGUUCGAGUUUGGAGUCGACCCUGCCGCAGACCCCGAACUGGCUAUGGCGCUGCGCAUGAGUAUGGAAGAGGAACAGAACCGACUUGAGCGAGAACGAAGAGCCCGAGAGGAGCAAGAACGACAGAGCGGCGACAGAAUGGAGACAAUCACCGAGGAGGGUCAAGGACAGCAGCAGUCAUCAACGAAUGGAGAUGGAACUGACUCGAAGCAGCCUCGAGUGGAAGACGACAAGAAAGAGUGA